AUGGCUGCAGUGAUAAAUGCGAGGCCAAGCACUUUGACUCGAUGUAGCUUGGGUACUGGAAAGCCAGUGCUGUUGCAUAAAAUCGAAGGACAGAUAUCACGUGUAAAUGGCGUACAUUUAUUAAGUACUGAAGAAGGAGUGCUGACAAUCAGUGAUGAUCGAUCGUUGCGUAUCUAUCUGAAACGUGAUAAUGAACAAUUUUGGCCCUCUAUCUAUCAUUAUCUACCAUUUUCACCCAAUUCCAUGUAUUUCGAUGAAGAUAAGUUAAGGUUAUUUAUUGGUCUCAUCAACGGUAGUGUUUAUGAGUAUAGAAUAGCGGAAGAUAUGAACAGUUUGUCGGAACAGCGCCACUGGAUGGCACAUCUGAGUAUAGUUUCAGCUGUACUUUAUUCACCGGAAGCUGAACUAAUUUUCAGUUGUAGCAAAGAUAAAACGACGGUUUGGCAUUGUUCAGAAACGUCUGUAAAAAUGGGAUUCUAUGCAGGCGAAUCAGGUUUUACAACAUUGGAAUUCGAUGUGGCAUCGAAAUUUCUUUUUUUAGGCGAUUCUUGUGGUAGUAUUAUUCUCUUACGUUUAAAUGGUUCGGAAGCAAAUAUCGUUACCACUCUUUCUGCACAUACAAAUGCCAUAACCUCGCUGGCCUGGGAUUCAGAACGUCAAUUACUGUUUUCAGCAGGAGCCGAUAAUCUUGUUAUUAUGUGGGAUAUUGGUGGGAAGAAAGGACAAGCAUUUGAAUUAAACGCCCACAAUAGCAGACUGACAUGUCUACGAUAUGCACAGCAUAAGAAGAGGCUUUUUUCGGCAGAUGAAGAUGGAAGUUUAGUUUGUUGGGAUAUGACGGCUAAACGCGUGGAAACACCAGGAUGGAAAACGAGUGAUAGUUGUCAACUCUGCGACUCGCCAUUCUUUUGGAACUUUCGAGAAAUGUGGAAUAAAAAGGUAGUUGGUUUACGUCAACAUCAUUGUCGUACUUGUGGUAAUGCCGUAUGUGCGAAAUGCUGUUCUAGUACAACGAGGUACCCACCAAUGGGUUAUGAAUUACCGGUUAGGAUAUGCAACACUUGCCAGUCUCGAAUGCAACAAUUCCCUGACCAGUUUGACCUUACCUCGCUGGCGGUCAUUUCGGAGUUACGCCAAGGUAUUAUGUGCAUGCAUUUGCAAGAAUCGACGGGUCGCCUUGUUACAGCUGGUUCUGAUCGCAUUUUGAUGAUCUGGGAUGUAAAGCAGCUAGUCUAA